UGAUAUCUUCUAUCUGUCCAAUCAAGUCAAAUACUAUGAGUCUAUGAUAAUGAAUACCCGUGUACUUUCUUUCUUUAAUUUGUUAAAGUGUUGAUGUCUUUUCGUAUGAAUCUUUCCUACUCAAGCUGAUGUCGAAACCUCAGAGUCUCCUGCGCCUAACUCGGAAUCGGCCCUCAAAGCUCCCCUCUACCUCUCUAAUAUGUCAAACAAAACUUGCCACUACAUAUACACUUCAAACAGGCUCUCGAUGUUUAGCAACUGUUAAUUCAGGGCCUAAGGACCUCUCAGACGUCUGGUUCACCGGCUCGAUACCCCGCAAUGAGAAUCUAUCUCCUGGCCCCCACGAUUCAAAUAAACCCCCCAAAGAUGAGAGAACAAUAAAACUAGGAAAAAGCAAGCAUUCCCCGGAUCCCCCACAACUGAUUCACCUACUUGCAGACAAUAUACUAACAAUCCCAGCCCUCCGCAUCCUCCAGGAACGCCUCCCAACUCUCCUUCAAUCGCCCCUCCCUCAAGAGAUUCUCUCCCCGCAAAUAACCCUCCACCUCUUCCCCUCCACGCAUCCCCAUCUACCCACCGUCUCAGGCCGUGUCGCCUAUUCUGCCGCUCUUUGGACUUCUCCUAUCGCCUGGGGCCGCGUUCCUUUAGUUGGAAACGUGAAGCUCGAGAUAAUUUCCGAGCGGAUGAGACAAUCACCUAGAGGAAAUGGCGAACAGUUAAUAGUACGAUGGAGAACGAUUGGCAAGACGAAGAAUAAAGGCACAGGGGGGUUCUACAAAGGGAUUGGAGCAAGGGAAAAUGUGGAUAAGAUUACGGAGUGGUUGGGCGGUGGAAGUGGAGAGGAUGAUAGUAAGGAGUUUACCGGGCUUUUCCUCUUUGAGUUUGAUGAGGAGGGGAGGAUCUGGUCGCAUACUAUUGAGCAUGUGCAAGAAGGUGGAAAUUGGGAAAAGGGCGUUGGUGCUAAGGUGGUGGGACUGACGGAUUGGCUUUUGGGUGGGAUGAAGAAUGGGAGAGGUGAUGAGGGCGCUCCUUGUCCAGCAUUCUGGGCGGAAGAACAUGAUUUGAGGAGAAGAUGAUGAGGUGAUACACGAAUUGUACCAUAUAUGGAAUGGAAAAUACUGAUCUGGGUCACGGAUGGGUUUAGCGUAUUGGCGUUCGGAUGAAAAGAAACUUUUAAGAUCCUGUAAAAGUACUGGACGGAAACGCCCCUCAAUGAAGUAAUGAAAUACUGGAAUCGCUCAAUCCUUUAGUUGAAAUUUUUAACCUUGUAUUAUGC